CUUCAUGUUGGUUUCAUUAAUGUUGAUGACUGAUGAGUUUGGCCUGAGCAAAUAUCUAAAAGAUCUCUACGUGUCCCAAUGACGACACACACAAAAACGUGAAGAAAGUACCGUGGGUGUGAAGAAGGCACAAUAAUUAGUGGUUACAUACACUUUACUUUUCUCAUUUGCUGAUCAUCUUUCUAAAGUAUUAUAAAAAAGGUAGUAGUGACUUGAAGCUUUCACAACAUCAAGACUUGCAAAAAAAAAAAGAAGAAGAAGAAAUACUAGAGCUUGAGAGAAACCCUAAAAAUGGCUGAAGAACAACAAAAAUCAGGUCACAGCAAUGGUGAAAACAUUAUUCCUCCUGAAGAAGUUGCCACGUUCCUGCCCAAAACUGUUGCAGAAGGUGGAUGGGAGAAAUGUUGGGAGGAAGAGAUAACGCCAUGGGACCAAGGAAGAGCCACACCUCUCGUUGUCCAUCUUGUUGACUCUUCUUCUCUCCCUCUUGGCCGCGCUCUUGUCCCCGGCUGUGGCGGAGGUCAUGACGUGGUUGCGAUGGCAAGCCCUGAACGUUUCGUUGUUGGAUUGGAUAUUUCCGAAAGUGCUCUCAAGAAAGCUACUGAGACAUACGGCUCCUCACCGAAGGCCACGUACUUUACGUUCGUGAAGGAAGACUUUUUCACAUGGCGUCCUGACGAAUUAUUCGACCUAAUCUUCGAUUAUGUCGUCUUCUGUGCCAUUGAACCGGAUAUGAGAUCUGCAUGGGCUAAAUCCAUGUAUGAACUCUUAAAACCCGACGGCGAACUCGUAACUCUCAUGUAUCCGAUUACGGAUCACGAAGGUGGACCUCCCUACAAAGUAGAUGUCUCAACCUACGAAGACGUUUUACUUCCGGUAGGAUUUAAGGCCGUGUCCAUCGAGGAGAAUCCACACGCCAUUGCCACUCGUAAGGGGAAAGAGAAGCUUGGGAGGUGGAAGAAGAUCAAUGGAUCCAAGAAAUAGAUCUUUACUCUACUAAGAGUAUUAAAUGGUGUAAUAUAUUAAGAAUAAAAUGAUUACCUCAAUGUAUCUUAAUUAUGUAAACUUUAUACGUUUGAAUCUGAUGAUUAUCAGUAAGACUAAUGUAUCUUAUGAUUUAUAUAGUCUUUUUUAACUUCUUAUGAUUUAUAGUCUUCUCUCUGUUUUAUCUACAGCUAC